CCUUUAGUUAACUUUUAUAGCACUUUAGUAACUUCAGAUCUCUUUAUUUUUAUACCUCUCUGAACUCCUCUACUCACAGUGGCCAAAACCAUGUCACUCAGAAUUGAUAUCAAAGAAUCCCCUUAUGAUCAGUCAACUUUUUUGGGGCGUCUACGCCACUUUUUUUGGAUCACAGAUCCUAGGUUAACAAUCAUUGGCUCUAAACAGCUUUAUGAAUCCAAAGAGCUACUGGAGAAGUAUAGGCAAGGUAUAGAGCCAGACGGAACUACAGAAGCAGACAUACGAAAAACACAGCAGGUUACACUCUCAGCCUUCCACCCAGACUCAGGGGAUCUGCAGAAUGUUUUUGGUCGCAUGUCAUUCCAAGUCCCUGGUGGCAUGGUGCUUAUUGGUGCAAUGAUCACUUUUUACAAAUCAACUGGUGCUGUCAUAUUCUGGCAAUGGGCUAAUCAGUCUUUCAAUGCUUUAGUUAAUUACACCAACAGCAAUGCAACAACUCAGGUUGAUAACAAACGCCUCAUAACUGCAUAUGUAAGUGCAACUACAUCAGCCUUGGUUGUGGCUCUUGGUUUAAAAAAAGUUUUAGCCACGCGCGCAAGUCCAUUAAUCCAGAGAUUCGUCCCAUUUGCUGCAGUGGCUGCUGCUAAUGCUGUGAAUAUUCCAUUAAUGAGGCAAUCUGAAAUCACAGAGGGUGUGUUGGUUACUGAUGAUAAUGGGAAUCCUGUUGCCAAAUCCAAAUAUGCAGCUGUAAAAGGAAUUACCCAGGUGGUGACUUCACGUAUUGUUAUGGCUGCUCCUAGCAUGACUGUGCUGCCGUAUUUUAUGGAGAGCCUAGAAAAGACCAAAAUGUUUCGCCGCCAUGGCUGGCUAGGUGGCACGUGCCAAGUUUUAUUCUCUGGCGCUCUGUUGUUAUUUACAGUUCCUUUUGGUUGUGCUUUGUUCCCCCAGCGCUGCUCUAUCACAGUGGCUCAGCUGCCACAAACUGAGUACAAGAAAGUUCUGGAACUCUCGCCACACCUUAAGCCCUCAGAUAAGUUUUAUUUCAACAAGGGGUUGUAACUCUCAGAUGAUGAGAAUUUGGUUUUAUGUACUAGAGGUAGUAACCAACAACCUAUUUGUAAGGGAAGCAACAAAGUUAUUUUAAACUUUGGCUAGUAACAUGUUUGUUUUAAUCUCUAGUAGCUGAAAAAUUAUACUGUUAUAUAUAUAUAUUUAUGUUAAUUUUAUUUCUUGUUUAGAAUAUUUUGCAAGAUUGUUGAACUAGUGCACACUAAAAAGAUAAUUGCUUUUAAAAUAUUUUUUUGUAAAUAAUGUUUAUUUUUCUGAAGAAUGCUAGAAUAAUUUAUACUAGAUCAUUUCAUCUCACUGC